CCGAGUCAGCGCUGAGGCCGCCCGGGCGCCAUGGAGCGGCUGGGGGAGAGGCUCGGGGAGAGGCUCGGGGAGAGGCUCGGGGAGCGCUCGGCGGCCCGGCUGGACACCAUCCUGCGGCACCUCUCGCCGCGGCUGGGAGCAGCCCCGGCUCCUAUAAGUGUUCCUACUUCAGCCCAACUCAGUGUUGUUCCUCAUUCAGGGAGGUUUUGCUACACCCUGGACAACAAUCUCCUGACCACAGAGCAGAGGCAGUUCUAUGAGGACAAUGGGUACCUGCUCAUCAAGAAGCUCGUGUCUGACGAGGACAUCGAGCGCUUCAGCAAGGAGUUCACGAGGAUCUGUAAAAGAGAGGUGAAGCCACCAGGACUUAUGAUUAUGAAAGAUGAGUCCCUGAAAUCCCAGUUUGGUCAGUCUGAAAAAGUGGUUAAUAAAGUGCAGGACUUCCAGGAAGAUGAAGAGCUGUUCAGAUACUGCACUCUGCCAGAGGUACUCAAAUACGUUGAGUGCUUCACAGGGCCAAACAUCAUGGCAAUGCACACCAUGCUGAUAAAUAAACUUCCAGAUUCUGACAAACAGACUUUCCUGCACCCCAUGCAUCAGGACCUGCACUAUUUCCCGUUCCGGCCUGCGUCCCGCAUCGUGUGCGCCUGGACCGCCAUGGAGAGGGCUCACGAGGACAACGGCUGCCUGGUCGUGCAGCCAGGGACACACAAGACAGCCCUAAAGCCUCAUGGUUAUCCGGUGUGGGAGGGUAAAACCAACAAACUUUUCCAUGGGCUUCUUGAUGAGGAUGAGAAGAUUCCCAAGGUUCACCUAGUCAUGGAGAAGGGAGACACAGUGUUCUUCCAUCCCCUGCUCAUUCAUGGCUCUGGGAUAAACAGGACAUCAGGUUUCCGAAAGAGCAUCAGCUGCCACUUUGCCAGCUCAGAGUGUCACUACAUUGAUGUCAAGAACACGACUCAGGAGCACCUGGAGAAGGAGCUGGAGGAAAUGGUUCUCAAGAAAUACAAUGCAACUUCUGUGGAGCUCAAGGAUAUUUGGAACUUCCGAGCACGGCUUGUGCAAGGGGAAAGAAUUAAUUUGUAGAAGACCCUGUGAAGAGCAGAAUGGAAAACAUAGGCCUGAGAAUGAGCUCCUCUGAGGGAAGAACACAGACCCUGCCUGGGCAGGCAGAAUUCCUUGUGUUUUGUUGACCUCUGUAAUGGUAACUUAGCCAAAUGCUGCAUUGCAAAAUUGUUUGAUGCUAAUUCAGAGUAAUUGCACUGAGGUUGGACAGCUGAUGUGCAAAAGGAAACAUAACCUAGAAAAACAGAUUUGCUGUGGAUGUCUUAGACAAUCGAAGAAUCAAGGUCUUGAAAGAACACCUUGAUUUUCUUGGUGUUUUCAUUCUUGUUUCUUAAAAGUUUCUAACAUGACACACCUUUAGAAUGAUGCUAUAUCAUAUAUAUAUAUAUAUAUAUAUAUAUAUAUAUAUAUAAAUAAAGAUCUUAUGCAAGAAUUUUCAGCAUUUCCAACUUCCUUUCCUAUGCAAAAAAAAAAAAAAAAAAAAAUCAGUGACAUGGGGUCUUACUAGUGUAGCUGAUGAAGAGGUGGGUGUUGGCACCAGCAGAAUCAACAGUGUAAGGAAGUGGAUAAAGAGAAAGCUGAAACCACUCACAGAAAAAAAUGGGAUUUAUGGACAGGAAUAUGAUGGCUGGUUGAGUUCCUCAAGCAUGGCUUGGUGUGGCACUGUACCUGACCAAGCAGCUCUGGCACAGGUGAAAUACGAGUCUGACAGCGUUGGGAGCUACUGGGCCAACAAAGCAGCCUCCCACUGGCCUUGCACAACUGAUCCAAGGCUGUGUGAAGUGAGGGAAUCCUUUGAGUCUGGCAGGUCUGGGGAAAGGUGCCUUUUGCUGCAGCCAUGUGAAGGAGGUGUUUGGAUGCUUCUCAGGAUGCAGGGGUGGCAGGGUGGAGUGAUGCACACUGAAAUGAUCCUCCUGCCUUUCACAAUGUUUUUCCUUGCUUUCUGAAAGAUUCUCUUGCCUUCAGAAUCUAUUUUUUGAAAUAAAGAAUAAAUCAGAGCAAAACUGCA